AGGUGUUUUGUGCUGUGCAGUCUAGUGUAAACCAAACAGCGAACUGAUCGAAGAUGUUGAAUGGAAAGAUUUCGCAGUGAAUAUUGAUUAUCCGAUUAAUGUAAAGAGACGCGAUGAUAAUGAAGUAAUUAUUAAUACUUUUGCGGGAACGAUGCGUUGUACGUUUAACGAAACAUUUCGAUAUCGUUGCUGCGUUCCACGAUGGCCCGAAAAUCGAAUGGAAAAAUGAAGUUGACUGAAGUCGUUUCAGAUUGUCAUCUGUAGUACGAAAACUAGAAGCGUAGCAAUCAGCAUCAAUCUGUCGGCAUCAUGUCUUCUCCUACGGAUUAUCAAUGGGCCUAUUCCAUAAUGGAUUCAUCCCGUGUGUCGACUUUCUUAAUCUCCAUUCUACUUAUCGUUUACGGUAGCUUCAGAUCGUUGAACAUGGAACAAGAACAAAGAGAACGGGAGAAAGAACGUUUAAAAGGUGGUAGCACCUCGUCGACUCUUGAUUCCAGUAAGAACAAAGAAGUACAAACCUUGGAUACGUUACAAGCGCUGUGUCUACCUCUGGGAGCGUCCAUUUCUUUGCUGAUAAUGUUCUUUUUCUUCGAUUCUAUGCAAAUGUUGUUCGCUAUCUGCACAGCGAUAAUCGCUACGGUCGCGUUGGCUUUCCUGUUGUUGCCGAUGUGUCAGUACAUCAUCAGACCUUGUUCGGACGGCACCAAAAUUUCGUUUGGCAUGUGUGGACGGUUUACCGGAGCCGAAUUGUUUUCUUUUUCGCUGUCGCUAUUCAUCGUAUGCGUUUGGGUGCUGACCGGGCAUUGGCUGUUGAUGGAUGCUAUGGGCAUGGGCUUAUGUGUCGCAUUUAUCGCGUUCGUUAGACUUCCCAGUUUGAAAGUCUCCACUCUAUUGUUGACUGGUCUUUUAAUUUACGACGUGUUCUGGGUGUUUUUCUCUUCCUACAUAUUCAGCACUAACGUAAUGGUCAAGGUGGCUACUCGUCCGGCGGAAAAUCCAGUCGCAGUUGCAGCCCGAAAAUUUCACAUCGGCGGAGUGGCUAAAGAAGCGCCUAAACUUUCACUGCCUGGAAAAUUAGUUUUCCCUAGUCUUCAUCAUUCGGGCCAUUUUUCAAUGCUCGGUCUCGGCGAUAUUGUGAUGCCGGGAUUACUGUUGUGUUUCGUUUUGAGAUACGACGCGUAUAAGAAAUCGCAACUGUUACAUUUAGCCGAAACCGGUUUACCGCCUCCUAAUCAUUUAAAUAAAUUAAGUUACUUUCACUGUUCGCUGAUCGGAUAUUUCUUGGGUCUUCUAACUGCCACCGUAUCGUCGGAAAUAUUCAAAGCGGCGCAACCGGCUUUAUUGUAUCUCGUUCCAUUUACGUUGCUUCCCUUGUUGACAAUGGCGUAUUUAAAAGGAGAUUUACGAAGAAUGUGGAGCGAACCGUUUACUAUUCAUCUACCAUCCAAACAUAUGGACGUUUGACGAUUCUUCUGCUCCACAGCGGUUGUGAUUUCCACGCAGCACCUGAUAUCUCAUUCGAUUGUAGCGUUGUUGCGUCGUGCACGUUCGUCGUCGUCGUCUCCGGCACGCCGGUAAUUUCCAUCACUCGCGACGGCGGUGGCUGCGGCUGCAGCUGCUGCGCAUUCGUCAUCUCAUCAGUAUAAAUUAAAUAUCGUAAGCCAAAUGUAAUCAUGUUUUUUUGUACUCGGACAGUUUUCUAGAUCUUUUUUAAAUACUAUUUUAUCGUUUGUUUGUUUUGUGUGUUUUUUUUCCUUUUUUAAAAUCUAUGUACCUAUUUAAUGUUUUUUUUUCUUCUUCUUUAUUUCUUUUUUUAUUUAAAUUUCGAAUUUACGAUAGCUAUUAAUUAUUAUUAAUUUCGUUGAACGUUC